AGACUGGACCCCCAGCUACAGAUCCACUGUGCUGAGGAGAUCCCCGGUCUGUGUGCGGAGGAGGCAGUGGCCCAGGAGCAGACAGGUCAGGUGGAGGAGUGUCUGAAGGCCAACCUGUUGAAGAUCAAACAUGACUUGUGUAAGAAGGAGGUGCUGAACAUGUUGAAGGAGAGCAAGGCAGACGUCUUCGUUGAUCCUGUCCUCCACACGGCCUGUGCCCUUGACCUCAAACACCAGUGUGCUGCCGUCACGCCGGGCAGAGGACGACAGAUGUCAUGUCUACUGGAGUCGUUGCAGGAUAAGAGAGUCCGUCUGCAGCCAGAGUGUAAGAAGAGACUCCAGGACCGCAUGGACAUGUGGAGCUACGCUGCCAAGGUCGCUCCAGCAGAGGGUUUUUCAGACCUUGCCAUGCAGGUGAUGACCUCCCCCUCUAAGAACUACAUCCUGUUUAUAAUCUCCCUGGGGGUGAUUGUCCUCUUUCUGGUCGGCCUGCUGUGUGGACGCAUCACCAAGAGAGUCACCAGGGAACUGAAGGACAGGUAGAGAGAGGGGGGAUGAACGGACCUCCCUGGGACAGACGGACCUCCCUGGGACAGACGGACCUCUCUGGGACAGACGGACCUCCUUUGGACAGACGGACCUUCCUGGGACAGACUGACUCCCAAAUGGUACUAUUGCCGAUAUAGUGCACUACUUGUGACCAGAGCCCUGUGGGGUCCUUCACACCUGGACCUGACAUCACAGAACAAUGUCAAUGUUGUCAUCUCCUUGGUCCACUUCAUCAACUGGCUUUGUGUGAGAACUAACUCUAUGGGUCUCUGGUCAGAAGUACUGCACUAUGUAGGGAACAGGGUUCCACCUGAUAGGCAGAAACAGACUGUCUCUUCCAAAGGCCCAAAAAAAAAAAACAGCCCGGGCUUGCCCCAGCCACCUCUGCCCCUCUCCAGCCCCCUACCACCACCCAGAGCCCCAGUCUGGGCUUGCCCCAGCCACCUCCGCCCCUCUCCAGCCCCCUACCACCACCCAGAGCCCCAGUCUGGGCUUGCCCCAGCCACCUCCGCCCCUAUCACCACCCAGAGCCCCAGUCUAGGCUUGCCACCUCCGCCCCUCUCCAGCCCCCUAUCACCACCCAGAGCCCCAGUCUGGGGUCUACCCGUAACCAGCCAAGCUCCACAGAGCCAGAGGAGCCAUGUUAAGACGCCCCCCCGCCCCCACCAGAAACUGAUCCACUCCACUACUACUGAGAAGGUGCCCUGAACCACCUCCUGAAGCAGGAUACUGUUGGUCCUAAAACUGGCCCUGAACCACCUACUGAAGCAGGAUACUGUUGGUCCUACUGGUCCUAAAACUGGCAAUGAACCACCUCCUGAAGCAGGAUACUGUUGGUCCUACUGGUUCUAAAACUGGCAAUGAACCACCUCCUGAAGCAGGAUACUGUUGGUCCUACUGGUUCUAAAACUGGCAAUGAACCACCUCCUGAAGCAGGAUACUGUUGGUCCUACUGGUUCUAAAACUGGCCCUGAACCUCCUCCUGAAGCAGGAUACUAUUGGUCCUAAAACUGGCCCUGAACCACCUCCUGAAGCAGGAUACUGUUGGCCCUAAAACUGGCCCUGAACCUCCUCCUGAAUCAGGCUGUUGGUCCUAUUGGUCCUAAAACUGGCCCUGAACCUCCUCCUGAAGCAGGAUACUGUUGGUCCUACUGGUCCUAAAACUGGCCCUGAACCUCCUCCUGAAGCAGGCUACUGUUGGACCUAAAACUGUCCCUGAAGCUCCUCUUGAAGCAGGCCGUUGGCCAUACUGGUCCUAAAACUGUCCCUGAACCUCCUGAAGCUGGCCCGUUGGCCCUACUGGUCCUAAAACUGGCCCUGAACCACCUGAAGCAGGAUACUAAUGGUCCUAAAACUGGCAAUGAACCACCUCCUUAAGCAGUAUACUGUUGGUCCUAAAACUGGCCCUGAACCACCUCCUGAAGCAGGAUACUAUUGGUCCUAAAACUGGCAAUGAACCACCUCCUGAAGCAGGAUACUGUUGGACCUACUGGUCCUAAAACUGGCCCUGAACCUCCUCCUGAAGCAGGAUACUGUUGGACCUACUGGUCCUAAAACUGGCCCUGAACCACCUCCUGAAGUAGGAUACUGUUGGUCCUACUGGUCCUAAAACUGGCCCUGAACCACCUCCUGAAGCAGGAUACUGUUGGUCCUAAAACUGGCCAUGAACCUCCUCCUGAAGCAGGAUACUGUUGGACCUACUGGUCCUAAAACUGGCCCUGAACCACCUCCUGAAGUAGGAUACUGUUGGUCCUACUGGUCCUAAAACUGGCCCUGAACCACCUCCUGAAGCAGGAUACUGUUGGUCCUAAAACUGGCCAUGAACCUCUUGAUGCUGGCUACUGUUGGACCUAAAACUGGCCCUGAACCUCCUCUUGAAGAAGGCUGUUUGUCCUAAAACUGGCCAUGAACCUCCUCUUGAUGCUGGCUACUGUUGGACCUAAAACUGGCCCUGAACCUCCUCUUGAAGAAGGCUGUUUGUCCUAAAACUGGCCAUGAACCUCCUCUUGAUGCUGGCUACUGUUGGACCUAAAACUGGCCCUGAACCUCCUCUUGAAGAAGGCUGUUGGUCCUAAAACUGGCCCUGAACCUCCUCUUGAAGAAGGCUGUUGGUCCUAAAACUGGCCCUGAACCUCCUCUUGAAGAAGGCUGUUUGUCCUAAAACUGGCCCUGAACCUCCUCUUGAAGAAGGCUGUUUGUCCUAA